UCCGUACGACACGGCCAGAUGACACACCCAAUCAAUUGGGUCAUUUUCGCCGCUCUCACCCGUUCUCAAUUUCGGGUUUCGGGUGUACCUUAUUUUGGCUGUAAAAUGGCAGAAUUAGAAAUAAAAUGCGCUCGCGGUCAAAAAAUUCAGCGGGGAAUUUCGUGAAGCAAAAAUCUUUGUGUACUGGAACAGAAAUCGAGGCUUCAGCAAUACAGGGAACAAACAGAACUGAGUGUCGUGUGCUGUUUGAGGAUACAAAAAACGAGAUUAAUGAAUUAAACCUAGAUAAUUGUCGGAGUACCGGGAUUAUAGAAGGAUUGACAGAUGAAUUUGUGAUUUUAGGAUCACUGAGUAUGAUAAAUGUGGGACUCACAAGUCUAAAAGGAUUCCCAAAAUUACCAAAUCUUAGAAAACUUGAAUUAAGCGACAAUAGAAUAUCUUCAGGUCUACAUCCGCUUCUAGGCAGUCCUAAACUUACACAUCUUAACCUAAGUGGGAAUAAAAUUAAAGAUUUGGACACGUUAGAACCGCUGCAAAAAUUUUCCAAUUUGAAAAGUCUGGAUUUGUUCAAUUGUGAAGUGACAAAUGCGGAGAAUUACAGAGAACAAGUUUUUAAUCUGAUACCAAAUUUAAAGUUUUUGGAUGGCUACGACAGAAAUGACAAAGAAGCAGAUGAUUCUGAUAGCGGGGAAGAAGAUGAUGAAGAAGGCGAAUCAAUAAAUGAAGAGGAUGAAGAAGAUGGAGCAGAGAGUGACGUAAUCGUGGAGGAAGGAGAUUCUGAUGAUGAUGAUUCCGAUGAUGACGACACGGACGAUGACGAUGAUGAUGACGACGACGAUGAGGAUGAGGAUGCUGUAGUGAAUGCAGGUGAAGAAGAGGACGGUGCAAGUGAUGAUAGCGAUGAUGAUGAUGAAGCUGAUGAUGUAAGUGAUUCAGACGGUUCAGAUGUCGGCUUAGAAUAUCUUCAAAAAGAAAUAUUACCAGAAGAAGAAGAUGAGGAGGAGGAUUUUAAUCCAGACGGUGAAGUGUCGGCGUCGGAAGAAGAUUCAGAGGAAGAUGAUGCGGCGGCUCCCCGGGGUGAAAAAAGAAAACGAGAUCCGGAUGACGAAGGAGGAAGUGAAGAUGAUGAUUAGAGGACCCUAGUCACUUUUAUUUUCAAUUUUUUUGAUGAUACAUAUUAAGAAGUUUCCCUAUUUGUAAAAUAGUACCAAAAUUUUCCAUUUUCUAUAAAUAGUUUGUCAGAUAAAAAGAUGCAGUUGCCUAUCAUGUAAAGAUUCUGAAUUUUGAAAAGUCCUAUUUUCAUAAAUAACCAUAGAGUUAAAGAUACCCAACUCAAAUGUCAGCCUCAUUCUGAUGAAGUGAUCCCCCUAGCAAACUGUAGAUGAUCAAUGACUCCUUGGUAAUGGCAACAUCAAAUACAGAGACUUCCUGGAGAAUAGCAAAUAAGUGCAGACUCUUUUUUUUUAUGUAUGUAUAUUUUAUUUCUGCUGGUGAAUUCUAACCAACAUAAGGGGUCUCAACAUCAGAUUGAGGCUGGCAACUCGUUGUGUCCUUGUUUGGAAAUAGGUUAAAGGUCAACUUGUAGACGAUAUAAAUAGGUAAAGUAGUUCUAGUCUCCUGGCUUUAGUUGUUGUAUUCUCCCAAAAAUAGACACUUCAGAUGUGUUUUUUUUUUUUGAUGGAGUUGAAUUGCUAGGUACGCAGCAGACAAUUUAUUACCACCCAAAGUUGACCCUUUAAGUAACUCUGGUCUGAUGUGACGUUGUACACUAUCAUUUCUAAUGUACGCUUUUUCCCGAUUAAAAAAAAAAAAUUAAGUGCAAGAAUCUAAUUUUCGCAAGGAAUUUCUUGGGUUGUUGGGGGGAGGGGGAAAUUUUUUGGGAGGGGGAAGGUCAAGUUUAAUUGCCCUUCUUAUUUUAAGGAGGGAGACUUUUAUAUUGAUUCGUACAAUGUUGGUGUGAAUAGGGAAAGCAUGACACUUGUACAGGUUAUUGAGGGAAAAAUAGAGAAUUUUUUGCAAGAAAAUUUUUUGAAAAUAGUCAUUCACUGAAUCCUUGUCAAGUUUGUUGAAAUUUUCUUUGGGAAUUCUUGUAUUUUGACUGUUUUCUUACUCUGACAUGUCAAAUACUCCAUAUAUGGGCAUAGCUCAGUCAUGUGAUAGUAUACUUGAAUCCAUAUAAGGAUGUUUAUAUUUUAUAAAAGCUCCCAUAUAUGGAUAUGUUCUAAUUUGGUUAGUCCUGUGAUUAUUAUGCUAAUUAUAUCCAUAUAAGGAUGUUCUAUUUUAUAACCAGUCCAUAUAUAGAAGUAUGACAUCACUUUUAUUCAAGCUUAUAUGGAAAUUUAAUUUACAUAGAACCUAAUAUAGAAAUGUAGCUUACAAAAUUGCCCAAUGAUAGAUCAUCUAAUUCUUUUAAAUUUUUUCCAAUCAGCUUUCAAUUUCAUUAUGUUGAAUUCUCAAUGUAUGGGAUUUUUUUUUAAUGCUGUCAAUUAACUUUUUUCUCAGAAUAUUAUUAAAUUUUGUCAAAAUAAUUCACGCUCAGUUCAAUAUUAAUGUUGUAUGAAUGUUUUGAACCAAGUAAGUCAUUUUUUUUAUCAAUUACCCAAAUAUAUACCAUAUUUGCUCUAAUGUGCGUGCUUAUGUAAGUGUUGAAAAUUUCACACACCAUUGUAAAUUUUUUCUUUAAAAUAUAGAUUGUGAUGUCUACUGCAUGACUUGUUUUUCUUUUCUGACUUGCAAAAAUGAAGCAGUUUGCAUUUCACCAAUGAGACCAAAACUAGUUUCCAAGUGUAUUCUGUUCAUCCUGAAGAGCGCUUCUAAAUGAGCAAACAUGGUAACCACGUAACUUGCAUUUAAUAUUCCGUCUGAGAUGUGUUAAGCAAUAUUAAAUUUUAGGUGAAAAUAGUUGAUUUAUAGUGAAAUCAAAACUAAGAAUUUGUUACGCUUAAAGAGGGAGGGUCGUCACCUGCGCACGCCUGGGAAUUGAGUUCCAAUCGACGAUAACUCGCGCUAACAAUGCAAAGGCUCAUGGGUAGAUGCUUGUUUGGAAACAAUGGCAUGCUGACGUAUGCACAGAUGACGACUCCCCUACUUUAAACUUGGGUGGUGAUCAAGGUUGCAGUCCUUGUCAAAAAUUUUGAAUUGACGCAACGCAAUUGGCCGCCAACAUCUAAAAGUCAAGAUUUGCAAGACAUGUCUUGUGAUUGCAUCCACUGGUCAAAAUACCUCAAUUACAUACUGUAAAUUACUUUUAUUUUAGCUACAAUAAAUUUGUUCUGUUUUGUAUAAUUUAUUUUCACAUAUUUUUAACGAGUUGAAAAUGAAAUAUAAGGGGAAAAGAGGUAUAUUUGCUUUUAUAUUCACUAAAUCAUCCCUUCAGCAAAAAUUAGUGUUUUACAGUAUGUUAGGGAACAGUGGGUACAAGAUUGGUUGGUGAUUUGUGUCAGGUCCAUUAGCUACAUGCUGUCUUGGCAAAUGUGGUCCAAUUACACACGAUUAUUUCCUGCAGUACACAGAAAGCUACUGAAGACUAGUUCAUGGUACCGUAUUUGUGUCUUUUAAGUACUUGUGUCCAGUUGAAACAAUCGACAAGUUUUGAGUUGUGCGCACAUUCCAAAACGUUCCAUUUUCAUCUGCGUAGGCGGUUGAUAUCACCAUGUAAACAUUAACUGCUCGCAAGAAAUUGAGCGGGCCAGAAAUCAACCCCUCAUUCUUGCACGAAAACUGACAGAGGGCGCUAUACAUAACUCAAAAUUCGUUCAACAUGAAUGAAUCGUUGAGAGUUGGUGUGCAUAUACUUAAAACUCACCAUAGUGUUUUUUGGCUAUCAUUAAUUGCAGACUUUUCUUCUGCAGGGUUUGUGUAGUGUGAUCAUUUCAGAGUACAUUCAGUUGACGUAGUAACAUCUUUUGACAUGUCAGAGUAUGAUGAACCCUUUAGAAUAAACAUUUCUAGUGAAACA